GCAAUAAUAUAUCCUGAAUUAAAUUACAAACGAUAUCGUCAUUCGAGUGAUUUUAUCAAAAAAUAUAUCUUUCCGGGUGGACAUUUGCCAUCUGAGCAAGCAAUUCGAGAAGCAUUACCGCCAGAAUUGUCAAUUACAAAAAUUAUCCAUAUUGGACAACAUUAUGCGCCAACAUUAGAUUUAUGGUAUUGUGCAUGGAUGGAACAUGAGGAAAAAAUCAUGAAACUUGGAUAUUCGCGAAAAUUUCAUCGUAAAUGGCAAUUUUAUUUUGCAUUAUGUUCGACGCUAUUUCAAUAUUCUCACAUUGAUACCAUACAAAUAUUUAUUGAAAAAUCCUUGUAA